AUGUCCAUCGCUGCCGUCACCAUCUGUCAGCCUCUCUCUUACAUGAUGCUCCGCACGGGCCACGGCCACUGCGCAGACGUGAGGGCUUACCGAACCUACACGGCCAUAUCGGCUCUUAUCUUCGACGCGGCCGUCGUCAUUCUCCCCAUGCCGCUGCUCUGGGGACUGCGGAUGAAGCCAAGGCAGAAAUGGGGGUUGAGUGUCAUCUUUGGAUUGGGAGUGAUAACCUGCGUCCUCACCAUCCUUCGAGUAAUCCUCUCCUACGUCUACGAAGACUCCCAAGCAACCAUCCAAGACGCUGUCGUCGAUUUCAUCACCGGCCUCGAACCCACCAUCGGCAUCAUAAUCGCCUGCCUCCCCUUCCUCCCCCAAGCGACGGGUCCUCUCCGCCAACGCGCAAAAUCCCACCCCGCCUUCUCCUUCUCUUUCACCUCCUCCUCCUCCGCCGCCCGCACCAAACUCCCCCACGACGACCACUCCCACUCCCACUCCCACUCCUCGCACAGCCAUCACCACCACAAUCACCGGUUUAACCGCUUCCAGGAUACGGAGCUCUUGCAGAGUAAGAGUACAAGUAAGAGUAAGAGUGCGCGGACGCAUACCACUAGUACUACUCAUACGUCGCGGUUUUCGCGGGCGGGGAGCUUUUCUCGGAGGGAGACGGAUUUGGAGGGCGCGAUGGAUUUGGAUGCGUUGGUGGUGGGGGGCGGGCGGGGGAGGCGGAGGGUGGUGGUGUGGCUGUGA